CUGAAGCUCGGGAUCAAACACAUUGUAGCAGUUUUUUGACAUAGUGUGGUGAUAAAUGGAUUUGGCUGCAGUCAGGAUGACUUCAGAGUCCUACACCGCUGACGCAGGGCGGAGCUAUCCUGUAAAUUGUUUCCCUGCCGGGACUUCACACCACAGAAGACGAGACGGUGCUGGGCACUGGCUUGCAGCUUACAGGGAGGCAGAGGAGCAAAAAUACAGGCAUCAACGUAGGAGAACAAAAGCAGCUUAUAAAAAAUGUGAGAGCGAGCUGGCUGAUACUUCUCAUGGAGUCACAUUAGACAGAGCUUUCCUGCUCCAGUUGCAUCAUGUUGACAGACCCUCUGAGCUCUGUUCUCUGGACAUCAGCGAGCAGAAACUAAGCUCUGUCAAACCAGAAGAACUCGAGGUGUUUGAUAACGUGGCUUACAUCAACGCAUCUAUUAACUCCCUCUCUCUAGGAUCUUUCAGUAGUUUUGUGUCUCUAAGAGAACUCAACCUGUCAUUAAAUGAGGUUAGCGACUUGAUGUUUGAUGCUGCUGCCUUCCCUCUUCUUGAGGUUCUGGAUUUGUCCUACAACUGCUUAUCACCUGAUGCUAUUGUUUCUCUCGGUCGGCUCCCACGUCUUAAGGUCCUUCAUCUAACUGCAAAUCAGCUUCAGCGUCUCCCUCCUAAUCUGGGCCCCUCACACCAAGACCCCACUCAGCUGCCGGCUAAAGAUGAAGACACAUGCUUUCAAGCUCUAGAAGUCCUGAUGCUUGAUGAUAAUGAACUGACCUCUGGAGUCUUCAGGAGCCUUAAAAACCUAACGAGGCUAAAGCAUUUAAGCCUACAGGGGAACUGCAUUUCUGAAAUACCGUUCAUGCAACUGGUGGGUUUUUCCAAACCUGUGCAGACUGCCACUGAAGAAGAGGAGGAAGAGGCACUCGCUCACUCGGAGCCUUCCGAUCAGUAUUUGACAAGAAUCUCAGAGAUCUUUCGCAAACACAACUGGGAGCAGAACCGCAAAGAAUCCAGUUUACCUCUUCCAGCGCUGCAGUACCUCAACCUAGCUGACAACAAGGUUGCUAAGGAGGAAGCACUGAUGGCUGCCACUCUUUUCCCAAAGCUUCGUGAAAUUGAUAUUCAGUUCAACCCCAUAACCACGCGGAGGAGAGGAGAUCCUCCCUUGCUGGCCUACAUGCAGGAGAGACUUGGAAUAACAAUAAAGCAGAAGAAAACACCGGAGGUUGUGAAGCGCCCGCUGAAAGUGUCCACUGAACCAAAAUGGAAGGUGGAUGAAAAAAUACCAAAGGUGUCAAAGAAGCUAAUACUGCUGAAUCCACAAAGCCAGGCUGGCAAAAAUGAAGGCAAAAACAGCAGAAACCACACCUUCCAUGAAAAAAGAAAACCCUUCUUUCUUACUCAGGCAGCAGAUGGACCUGAGUUUGAAUUUGGUCUUCUUCCUGAAGACAAAGAAACUGCAGACAGCAAGGAGAGAAAGCAGUUUGAUUUCUUGAUGGAUGUCGAACCGAACCCUCGUGUGCUCAAGCUCAGUGGAAUUCAAACAGCUGUUCGGAUGCUGGAGCACACACUGAAGAAUCUCCAUGUUUACAGGGACUCGAAACCAAAGCUCGACAGCAUCCAGACGCCGUACAGGGAGCGAGAGAAAAGGAUUAAGGAGCUGCCACCUCUGAAACCUGUGAAGCAGCUGACUGAAAGGGUAGAGGACAUGAUCAAAGAAAUCAGAGAGAGUAAAACAGUAAAAGUGGUCCCUUUAGCCACUACCCUACAAAGCAGAGGUGUCAGUAAGCAAGAAUAUAAGGAAGCUCUCUCGCUGAUGAGGGACAUGAAAAGAACAUAUAAGAUGGUCCACGCGAAAACAAUGGAGCAAGAAGCCGCCAUCAAGUCUGACAGAGACUCUGACCAAAUCUGAGUUGAAUCUCCAUCUGUUUAACAGUCACAUCCAAAUAAUUAGCCGAGCAGAUUUUCUUUGGCUUGAAAUGUUUUCUUUGUAUUACUGUGAGUAGAAAUAAGUAAAUCGAGCAAUGUUUUCCUCGACUAUCAGCUCUAGAGUUGAAGUGCAGAGUUCACAAAGCUGUAGCAGAUGCAAGUGUGUCUAAUUGUAACUAAAAAAGUGUGCCACUGUCUGCUCCCCGUAAGCCUGACAGUUCUGAGCAGCUGUGCCGCCACGGCUGUGACCAGAAUCCAUCCAGGAUGAAUGCAUUGUAUUCAUUAGGAGUUUGUCAGUAGAGCUCAUUGCAAAAACAGAAAGUAGAGAGAGCUUUUUCUCUCUUUUUGUUUUGUUUUGGGUGAGGAGAGGUGUUUUAGACUGUGCACAUUUAUAUGCAAACACCCUGUUCUGUUGAAGGAACACUGGGGUAGAUUAACAGUGCAACAAAGUCCACAUCAAGCCCUGCUGUAUUUGAAAAUGUUGUACACCCUCUAAUGGUUCCCAAUCAGCUAUUCUCCAUGGGUAUUGUGCAUCACCCUCUCACUCACCUUUUAUAUGGUAAAUGGCCUGUAUUUAUAUAGCGCUUUACUAGUCCCUAAGGACCCCAAAGCGCUUUACAUAUCCAGUCAUCCACCCAUUCACACACACAUUCACACAUAUAUGAGAUUUUCAAAAAUGAUUAUGUGGCUGAUUAUUAUCUUUUCGUAACUUUGAACAGACUUCUGCAGUGCAGAAUGAUUUAGGUUUCGAUGCCAAUGUGCGGUAUUACUACGAGUUGAGAGUGGUAGUUGUUUGUUUUCGUUGCUCAUUCCCUUUUUGAUUUCAUGGUCUUGUCCAUCAUAUGAUUUUGAUUAUUUGUCUCGAGUGCAGCGUGCAGAUGUGGAAUGCAUGUUCAGCCCCUGUGGAAUAAAUCA